AUGCCACGAAGAGCAGCUACACGUCGGACAAUGUCCACAUCUACAACCAUCACAAAAACUGCGCUUCGAAAAAGUGGUAGCAUUGGUAAUAUCCGCAAUGCGAUCACUUCCUCAACACCACCUAUUAAAACUGCUCUAAAAGAAACAAGAGGAUAUCCAGAUCAACAAAAUGAUGUUGUCCAACCAGCAGCUCAUUUACAAGAACAAUAUGCAAGACAAUUGCAACAACAAAUUUAUCUUUUGGAGCUUGAAAAUGAUUACUUGAAGCAUAGUGCCGGAAAGGCAUCUCGAAAAAACGAUAAAAAUGAUGAUUCAUAUCACAGCGAUACUUCACCGUCUCCAAGUUUGACCAUAAAUUUAGAUGUAUCACGAGAACAAGAAUCAUCUCGAGCUGAUAUUCCGGAUGAUGAUAAAGAGGAGAAGCCAUGGAGAAUAAGAAAGAGAGUUUCGUAUGCUCAACCGGAGGUUACGGAAACAUGCAUUUCUUCAAAUAAUUAUGAUGUAAAACCAUCUUCAUAUACAACUGAUCAAGCUGAAUUAUUGCAGAAACUAGAAGAAUCAUAUCAGAGGGAACGAAAAAUGGAGGAACGUUUAAAACAAAAAACAACUGAAAUUGAGAGGAUUGCCUAUGAAAAUACUCAAUUAUCUGAUUACAUCGAAGAGUUGAGUGCAAAAUUGCAAAAAAGUGAAGAAAAUUUUGCAAGAGACAAACGUGCAUUGAUGGAAGAAGUGGUGGAACUACAAAGAAGGCUUGAUUAUCUAACUCCUGCGUUGGCUGAUAAGGAAUCAUAUAUGGCAAAAAUUGAAAUUGAAAAAGACGAACUGGCUGAUAAGUUAAGGCAUGCAACCAAUCAACUAAACGAAGUACAGAUGACAAUCGAUGAAAAAAGUCGAGGGGAAAGAGCAUUAUUUAAUGUUGAAGAAGAACGGAAAAAUGAGACUAAUCGAUUGUUGAAUACAAUUCGACAUUUCGAAAAUAUGCUGAAAGAAAUGGAAAAUAAGGAAACAUCAUUAAUUAAUGAUAUUGCUUCAAUGAAGCGUUCGUUGCGUGAAGAACAGUUAACAGCUAAAAAGGAUAAAGCUGUUGCCGAAAAGACCCUGGAAGAAAAUAAUGCUUUGAUAAAAGAGAAUUCACAUUUGUCAGCAGAAAUAACGCGGUUAGAAAUGAGAGUGAGAACUCUCAAUCAGCAAAUUGAUCAUGCACAAGAGAAGGAGAUAAAGCCAACGGAAAUUGCUUCAAUGAGAGAAUCAGAAAAAUCACUGAAGAUGGAACUAUUGAAGGCAGAAGAAAGGUUGAAAACAGAAAAAGAGCGUGGACAACGGGUCAUCUUAGAACUGGAACAAUAUCGGAAGGCUGAAGAAGGCGCGAAGGAGUCUCGUGGAAGGAUGCAAAAAGAAUUGGAUGCUUUAAAAGUAUUAUCUGAGUCACUGUCUAAUGAAAACAGAUCUUUGAGACAAGAAAAAUUCAUUCUUGCUGAACGUUGUGAGGAAUUACUUAAAAAGGGAAAUUCAUUAACUGACAACGUUACGAAUCUCACAACCGAUGUUGAAAGUUUAAAGGAAAUAAAUUUCGAUGUGCAUCAAAAGGUUAAAAAUCAUGAAAAUGAGUUGCAAAAAUGUAAAGAACGUUACGACAAUAUCGAAAGGAAGUAUAAAGAGACAUUUGAAGAACUCGAAAGGCAGAUGAUAAUGCGACAAGAGAAAUCGGAAGAAUAUGAAAAAUUGGCGAAACGUAUAUUAGAACUUUCCGAUUCUGUAAGGGAUAGGAAACCAGCAUCCUCCAGUGCCCUAACCCACUCAUCUAAACUGUCAACACCAGGGCCCAGCAAAUCCUUUCUCAAUCAGCCAUCUCCCAUUCCUGAACUAUCAACAGCUGUUCAGCAGACCAGUAAACGAAUUCAAACCAGUGAAAGGAAAAUUCCUUAA